AUGGUCUAUGAAAACAUCAUUGAUGCAACAGAAAAUUUUGACCCCAAGUAUUGCAUCGGAGUGGGAGGACGUGGAAGUGUUUUCAGAGCAGAGUUGCCAAAUGGUCAAGUUGUUGCUGUCAAGAAACUUCAUGCAACAGAUGGUGGUACCUUGAGGAGGUUGAAAGAUUUCACUAAUGAGAUCCGUGCACUAACAAAUGUACGGCAUCGAAACAUCGUGAAGCUGUACGGAUUUUGUACACAUAUAGAACAUACUUUUUUGGUAUAUGAAUUCUUGGAAGGGGGAAACUUGAUGCAGCUAUUGAGCAAUGAUGAAACAACAUCCAAGUUUGACUGGAGCAAGAGGGCAAACAUGGUAAAAGAUAUGGCAACUGCAUUUUCCUAUAUGCAUCAAGAUUGUUCUCCUUCAAUAGUUCAUCGAGAAAUAUCUAGCAAAAACAUUUUGUUAGAUUCCGAGUAUCAAGCUUGCAUCUCUGACUUUGGCACUGCAAGACUCAUCAGGCUUGAUUCAUCUAAUUGGACUACAUUUGUAGGAACUUAUGGAUAUGUUGCUCCAGAACUUGCUUAUACAAUGGAAGUAAAUGAAAAAUGUGAUGUUUAUAGUUUUGGUGCAUUGGUUUUAGAAGUGAUCAUGGGCAAGCAUCCAGGUGAUUUCAUAUCGUCAAUAUUGUCAGCACCAUCAUCUACUUCAACAGCAUAUAGUGUGUUACUCAAAGACAUUGUGGAUCCUCGACUUUCAUCUCCAAGUAAGCAAGAAUCAAAACUAGUGGUGUUGAUGGCAAAGCUAGCAUUGUCAUGUAUAGAGCCCAAUCCUCAGUUGAGGCCGACCAUGAAACAAAUGUCCGUCCAACUAUCCAAAGAAAUUCCUACUCAAUUCAACAUAUUUCCAAUGCUUGAGCCAGGCUCUGGAAGUGGAGCACUAAAGAAAGCAUCUGGACUACCUGGUCCGUGGUAG